AUGAGCGUUGAUAAGAAAAAUGAUCGCAAACAAUCUUCGAUCCAGGCCGAUCCAGCACUAUCAGGCAAGAAAACCAAAGCGGUGAGAGAACGGAAAAUUGCAGAUAUGAGAAAAAGAUCAAGGCUCCGUCGACUUCAUUCAUAUGAGGAGGCGAAGGCUAAAAAUGCCAGAAGUAGGAUCCACAGUAUAUACUCACAUUUUCAGCGUUCAGAACCAUCAAAGCCAGAAGAUGGUGCUGAAAAGAAGCAGCUGAAAAACUUACCGAAAACAGCUAGAGAUCAACAACCAGCAGAACACCCCGCGAGAGAGCCGAAAAACAUACAGACGAUCGACUUGACAGGAAGCGACGAUCGCGAGGAUUUCGCGUCAGGUGCCCCUGCGAAUGGAAUUUCUUCCACGCAUCGCGUUUUCCGCACAGAGCCAGCCCCCUCAAAUUCUGCAAUAAACCGGGACCUUAGUGAAGGGAAGAAUUUACGAGAUUCGGUAUUAAGAAGCAACUCAAAGGGUGUUAGCGAAGUUCAAGUAGCUCGGCAUACAAACAGUGCGCCGGCGGAAUUUGGUAAUCCACAUUCAGAUUCGACAUUUACGCGACUAGAUCGGACCAAUAGCCAAAGUACAUCGCCUCAUUUUCCAGAUCUGGCAUCUUCGUUAUUUGUUCAAUCAUCUUCAUCAUCCUCUACAUCGACAAGCACAUCUGACACGUCAUCAGAUUUUGGGGAGUUGUCGAUUAUAUCUGUAUCCAACGUUUCAGUAACAGGGGGAGGAGCUAGCGGAGUUUUGUUCCAGUCGACUAACCGGCAAGAUCACACCAAGACAGCGGUUAGUGGUUCAAGGGAGCAAGAAAAGAAGCAGGAGGAGCGAAUUAAGGGUUUGCGAGAGGAUCCACAUCAAGGUUUAGAAGAGGAUCGACAUCAAGAUUUAGAAGAGUUAGAUCAACAUCAAGGUUUAGAAGAGGAUCCACAUCAAGGUUUACAAGAGUUAGAUCCACAUCAAGGUUUACAAGAGUUAGAUCAACAUCAAGGUUUGCAAAAGUCAGAUCAGCUACAACACAACACAGCCAACAUGUCGUCAAUCGAUGCCACUGUAAGGCAGAUUCCAACGCAGAAUGACGUGAUUGUGUCUGCAAGCUCUUCGAGCUCGUCAAACGCAUCAAAUUCGUCCAAUAUGAGGGACUUUGCAGCCAGCCAAGGGUCGCAGAACAUGAUCCUGGUGUCCUCCACGCAGCGGAGUGAGCCAUCGUCCGGUUCUCGGUCCUCGAGUAUCGGAAAAGAAGACUCUCCAGGUACGCGGCGGAAAAAAGCGAAAAAGAGAACUGCUGCCCGGGCAGGGAAGCGGAAGCAGAAACAGACACCAUCUGCCGAUAAAAGGGCACCGAAGCGUGCCCGGAGGAUGAGGACACGCAGUGCAUCUCCCGCAUCGCCGCCCAUAUCGGAGAAACGGCUCAAAAUGCCCCGGACCCUCUCGAUUCACCGCCACAGGGCUCUCUCGGAGAUUCACGUGUCUCGUAUAUUGCAGAGGCACCGCGGUGUGGACGAUGCAGACGAGUCGGGGCCCCAGGGUGGACCGGGGCUGCAGGAAAAAGCAGCAUCGGGGAGAAAAAACGCACUUGAGGGUGGAAAAGACGAGGCAACGGCAAAUUCCCAGGAACAGCACCUCACAUCCUCACCGAUGGCCCCUCCGUCGACCCCGGCCACACCACAGUCCGCCAGCCCGAAGAGGGUUGCCUUCUCGAGUGAUUUGGAGAGCUCUCCAACGCCAUCUUCGCCGAUUAAGGGGGCACCAGAACCGCGUUCGAUUCUCAAGCAUGCGAAAGAUUCGGGCCCGAGUGCAAACUUGUCGAUGGAAAUAGUGCACCGGGACCUCAGCAAGAACGAGUCGUGGCCCGACGGGUAUGUGAUCCACAACCUGCUGGGUUCGGCAACACUCCGCAGCAAGGUGAUUGCCGAGUGUGUGCUCGGGUUGUCGAAUCCGGGGUUCACGAAGAAAUACGAAGUGUUUGCAACGAUCAACGAGAUCAUCAAGUCAAACUCUAGGGACUCAGCCAAGUCGUUGUUUGGCGCGCAACAGGUGCACAUUCUGGCAAGAUCGAUCGACUGCGACUUGGAAAGCACUGCCAAGGAGCUCAAGAACGGCAGCAAUGCGUUCCGGAUAAGAACGUCGAUCCAGGGCUUGAAAGUGCUGACGUUCCUUAUGGUGCACUACCAGGUGAAGGGUGCGUCGACCAUGUUGAAGAGGAUAGCGUGCAUGCUCGCGAGUGCGAACUUGUCCAAGGGCCUAGCAGCUGCGAUCUUGCUGCUAUUGAAGGACCAACAGAAUCCGGUGGUCUCAAGUGCAGUGGAGACCAUCACGGGCUCGAUUCUGCAGAUGAAGUACUUCAUGAGCGCGACCAUCAUCACGGAGAAGCUCAUGACGAUCAAAAAACUCAUCAACAUGCACCCGGCGGUGAUGUCGAAGCUCAGCUACCAGUGGCUGAGUCACGUGCUCUGCUGCAUCCUCAACACCGAGGUGCCGUCGUACGAGCGGAUCGUCAACGCGUGCAUUUACGUGAUCUACGAGUUCUCCAAGAACACCGAGUCCAAGGACUCCGUGUUACAGCUCAUGAAUGAGACUUUGAACAGCAACGCGUCGAGCAUCAGGGCCAGCACGAUGUCCUCGCUGGAUGCAAACACCAAGGUGGUCGACGCGUUGACACUCACGCUCGUCUACAUGAUAAACAGAGGGCUGUGUGCGCAGGCGUUGGACAUAUGGACGUACACAACGUUCAUGAUGGGGUACCGGCUCACAAACCAAGUCGAUCUCAACAGCUGGCCCGGGUUGGGCCACUGGCUCAAAGUGUUCGACGAGGCGUUUCAGUCGAAGUCGGACGACAUCAAGGUUGCCGCAUUGGGCAGCUGGAGAGCCGUGUUGUUCAACUAUCAGAACUCCAGGUCGUUCAGCUCCGCGUCCUUGACCAAGGACGAGUUUGACCUCAAGAGAUGCAUCUUCCUCUAUCCGUUCAACUGCGUUCCCGAGCCUUGCAGCCAGAAAGUGCUGCACGCGUACGUUGUGCUCUACUACCGGCUCAUCCGGUUUCUCCGCACCCUCACCAUCAUGCCGGGCCGCAAGAAGGCCGUUCCGCAGGAUUGGGUGCUCGAGUCCAUCUUCUCCCCCUUCUACGUUGUAUUUCUCAAAAGACCCGACUUCAUCCCGACCGGAAUCAAGAUGCUGGUCAACGUUCUCCGAUUCAGGGAGAGACCAACGCUGAAGUCGUUGGAUAAUGCUGAGGCAUGCUUCAGGAAGACCUCCAUCGACGACUGGACCCUCUCUUGCCUGCCAAAGCACCUGCUUCUCUCGCAUUACAACGGCUACUACGACUUGAUCAACUUCCUGCUUUUCAACGACCGCAUCCCGAUCAAAUCCAAGAUGCUCGUCUUCGACACCUUGACCGCCACACUCGAGGACUGCACCAAGAACGCAAUUGUUCCCUUCGAUGCCGCCCAGGGCUUCCUGAAGCUUCUUGAAAACUACCUCCACCAAUACGGACAGAGCACCACCAAGGGCGAUGCCAAGAAACCCGAGGUUUCUUACUUGUGCAGCCUCGUUCUGAGGGCCAAGUCCGUGUUCGGGCUCCGAAUCUUGACCGGCAAGUCCGUCAGCAUGAAUCUCGUCACACUAAUGGGUGCCUUCAUAUACAAAUGGCACGGGACCGCCGGAAUUGCCGACUUCGUCCGCUGCAUGCACGGCGUCCUGCACAAAAAAGUCGCCUUCAUGUUUUUGGGCCUUCUGCUUCUCCACGAGCCCCUCAUCAACACAACUUUGAUCGAUGCUCUAUCCAGCCACUCCGUUUCGCUUUCCAUCAUGCUGUCCGAGUUCGACAUAUGGAAGGAUGUCAUAGUCGGCCUGGACCUCAACGGGAAGCAUAUCAACGUCGUCAUCGACAAAAUCAUCGAGUACGAGAAGCUCUCCAGUUCUGCCGCCCACUACAACAAUCUUUCCUGCUUCAUUGCCAAUUUCUCGGCCGUUGCUGACACCGGCCUGCCGAGGGAUGCAACAAAGCUUCUUCUUUCGGAAUAUGCCACGCGAUGCUCGCGGUCAACAGAGGAAGCCUUCUCGCCGAUCAGAAAGACACUCUCUGCAUUUGUCCAAACGGCUUCCGCAGAUGAGAUCGGAAGCUUGGCGGCAGCACUGCCCGAGAAUAGAUGUCCGCUCUACUGGUAUACAGAGGUGAUCUCCAGAUGUGCCAGCUUCCCGGAUAAUGCCUCACUGCAGGUUGAGCCCGUCCGAAUCUGGCUCCAGGACAGCUUCGGGUACUUGGAGGACAAGCAUGGGGAUAAGCUUGCAAGUGUUGUGGACAGUGUGCAGGGAACUUUGCUAAAGGACAGCUUUGCGAGAUUUUUCGAUGCCAAGAGGAAGAAAGACGAUGCCGUCAGCAUUGUCGAAGUUAUCCCAAUAGAGGACGAACCUGGGAUCGGCAAUGCCAAGCAUGGUGCAAAAACGGCCGAACCUGGCUCGCAGAAAGGACAGGUAGAGCUGCCGAAAGGGAGGGUCGACGUGAACGCGUCGAUCGACGCGACUGCCGACGAGACGACCGAUGUCUCCUCUGAUGCUUCCGCAGGGAUCGAGGUGAGGUCCUCGGUGACCGAGAGCAAGAACGAGGAACCCCCGAAGGAUGCCAAGACAGAUAAAGCCAAGGUGCAGCAGGUGGAUCCGUCCAAAAUGCAGAAUUACUACACUUACUCUCAGCAAACUAACACGAACUGCAGUAUUCCAAAUGCGGCAGGCCAGCCCAACCAGUACGCAUAUCAAGGCCCAUCAUAUGCACCUCCAGGCUACUACGGUAUCCCGGACGCAGCGGCGGACUUAAAUGCAGCUUCCGCAUUGAAUGCAGCCUUGCAUGCACCUUCGGCCGCAUUAGGCAAUGCUGCCCCACCAAACGCGGUGGCCGAGCUGCAGGAUGCCAUGCAGAGAAUCAGAGGCAACCCAAACCAGUUGCUUGCAGUUUCGGCUGACCAGAGAGAGUCGUUGGAGGAUCAACUUUUGGAUAUUGUGAUCCGAAUCAGGGCCCUCAGAAGACACGCUUGA